AGAAUUAUCUAUUUCAAAUGGGAUAUAUUUUUUAUCCGUUUGCUUGAAGGAAGAGAAACUUAUUUACAUUGUGUACAUUGUGUAUAAUUAUAUUUGUAUAAUGGUUUAUGAACAGACAUUCAGAUGCUUUAAAUGUGGAUUUCAAUUGCAUUUUGAAACAGAGAUUUGAGUUACAUGAAAUAUUUUAAUUCUCAGAAAUGAUGACAGUUUGUAUGCAAAUGUUAUAACUAUGGACUAAUGCAUAAACUGUCUAAUGAAAAUGAGAAACUGUCAAAAUCAUUAUCGGAAUGAUAGGAACAUGAACAACUUGAUACUAAAAAUGAUAUAGAUAAUUAAACAAGUAAUCUUUUUCUGUGAUAAGCUUUAAUUGUGAUAUUUGACGUUGUGAUAAAAUUGUGAUAAAAGUUUGAUUGGGGGUAUAUAAACAAUGGAUCGCGCAAAACUGUUUAAGGAUUAUUUUGUUAGUCGACAGAACGCUGUGCUCAUCCCAAAUGAGGAGUUUGGUAGACGGAAGUUUAUAAAUGUCGGAAUAAACAGGUCUUUGAGUCUGUCAAGAAUUGAAGAAAUUAACAGAAAUCACACUAGCGAGAUGCGGUCAGGAAACAAACAGUGGAUCCAUCCACCUGAUGCCAUAACACGAGGCCAUAUACUUUAUACUGUCAAGUUUUAUGGAGAAUGUGAAGUAGAUUCUCCAAAAGGUACAGAUGUUGUCAAAGAUGCAAUACGUAAACGUAAGUUUAACAAGACUAUAUGGAAGACUGAGGGUCAGAAAACACCUAAAGUAGAAUUAUCAAUAUCAGUAGAUGGCGUAACUAUACAGGAACCAAAGACUAAAAUUGUGAAACAUCAGUAUCCGUUACACAGAAUAUCAUAUUGUGCCGAUGACAAGUCAGAUAAACGUAUGUUCUCCUUCAUCGCCAAGGCUUCCGACUCCAGUAAACACUACUGCUAUGUAUUUGCGAGUGAUAAAAAUGCUGAGGAGAUAACACUGACCAUUGGUCAAGCAUUUGAUCUAGCAUACAGAAAGUUCCUGGAAACACAAGGCAAAGAUGUGGACCUUAAAAAACAACAGCUGGUACUGCAGAAAAAAGUGGAAACUCUAGAGCGGGAAAAUGAACAGUUGAAAUUACGUAUUCGAGAGCUGGAGAUGUUGAAAGAUCGCUCAGAUAUAGAAAACUACAAACAAAGUAAUAAGAUAUCAGACCUGUCAACUGUGAACCCGACAACUGCUGGUUCGGCAACUGCUGGUUCAGUUGUAACAUUACAAAAUAUGGUUGGGGAGAGCAGUACAGAUUCUCCAGGAACCAGUCAGCCAAGUUCCCCUAAAUUGUCCUCAGUUGGUCGUAAAUUGGAGAAUUUGAUGUUUGAACCAAGCACCCCUACACACAGUAACAACCUGUCAAAUGGUACUGCUCACUCACCUAGAACACCUGGCAUAAUCUCACCACCACCGCCAUCCACACGAUCACGAACAAAGUCUUCUCCUGCUACGCCCUCAACCCCACCUCCCGUGCCACAGAGGAAUGACAUCAACGAGGACCUAGCAUCGAUAUUCAUGAACUCCACAACACCUCAACAAAAUAACUUUACAAACAAUAAUGAUAAUAUGUUAAAUCCAUUUGCAAGCCCUGGAGGUUCUGGAUUUGGUCAAGAUGCAUUUGGUAUGCCCACCUUCACACCAGACCAGAAAAGGGCACAGGGAUCAGGUGGUCAAAUGUCAGACAAGGACUUCCUAGAUAUACAGGCUGGCUUCAGUGAAGGCCUAACAUUUGGAAGUGCUGACUUCGGAAUGGAUGACUUUGAUCCACUGAAUCAAAGUGCUAAUAGUUCAUAAACACAUUGAAUCUGAUUCGGGUGAUUUUGGAAUGAACUUACUUUCUACCGAUAUGUAAAAUGUUAGAAAGAACUUAACUUUCUAUUGAAAUCAUGGUCAAAAUGUUUGGAAGCACAUUAUGUUUCAUUGUUUACAUUGAUAUAUUAUAAUAAUAUUGACACAUAUAUUGUUCUGUAGUUUAUAAAGAGAUUAAGUUGUUGACAAUUUUGAUUAACAAUGUCAUGUCAUAUGAUGAAAAUUUUGAUGAUAUACAAUUGUAAAAAAAAUCAUUUACAUAGGCCAUAUUUUCAACAUUCAAUGUCUAGGUAUGAUUGACCUUGACAGUAGUUGUUAGGCGCUGUGUGGCCAUACUUGGACUGGUCCUUUUGGAUCAUGGACUUCAAUUAAUAGUAUUCUAGUGUUCUGCUUAAUUUGAUGCAGUUGGCAUGAGGGGUGUUUUACACUUCAUUACAUCAUGUAAACAGACUUGAUCCAAUCACGGCUGAAGUUAUUUUGCUUGUUUGCUAUUUAUGCUUUCAGAUGUCUAAGAUCUUAUCAAUUUGACUGCACUAUAAAUUAUAUUUUACUUUAUGUAGAUAUAUCAAAACUUUGUAAAAGUUCAGGUUACAGGUAUAUAAGACUGUUGGCAAAGUUUCAAAAAAGUACAUAAAUUUACUUUCUUGUACUUUAAGGAAUUGGACCCGUAGUAGAAUACCUCCUUUUUGAAGAGUAUUCAAUUCCUACAAUAAAUCUACUUUGACUGCAAUUUUCACGGGGGCGUCGGUUCAAGCCCCACUGGGACCAAAAUUUUUUUUCGAUAUUUUCCUUUUUUUCUAGUAAGUUUGUACUUCUUUCAAGACUUAUUAUGGAUGUAUUGUACAAAAGUGGAAAAUUUUCAAUUUAUAAGGGAUUUCUUGCUGUUCAAAGUGAAUUUACCUCUGAAUCAGGAGGGGUAUAGUUAGACAUCUUUAAAAAUACUGAGUUACAUGUGGUAAAAGUUCUCUAUUUUGCCUUCAAUCUUUAGAUUACAUAUUGUGGAAGAAAUGCAAGUAGAUUUUACUUCUGCCCCAAGGUUAUUUUUAGCUCACCUGUCACAUAGUGAUAAGGUGAGCUUUUAUGAUCACACUUUGUCCGUCGUCAGUCCGUCCGUGCAUCAGCAAUUUCUUGUCUGCAUGAUAGUGGUUUCAUUUAUGAUUUGAUUUUAACCAAACUUGCACACAACUUGUAUCACCAUAAGAUCACGGUUCCUUUCUUGAACUGGCCAGAUCCCAUUAAGGGUUCCAGAGUUAUGGCCCCUGAAAGGGCCAAAAUUACCUAUAUUGACCUUGUCUGCACAAUAGCAGCUUUAUUUAUGAUUUGAUUUUUACCAAACUGGCACACAAAUUGUAAGACCAUAAGGUCUUGGUUCCUUUCUUGAACUGGCCAGAUUCCUUUAUGGGUUUCAGAGUAAUGGCCCCUGAAAGGGCCAGAAUUAGCUAUUUUGACCUUGUCUGUACAAUAGCAGCUUCAUUUAUGAUUUGAAUUUAAUCAAACUUGCACAAAACUUGUGUCACCAUAAGAUCUCGGUUCCUUUCUUGAACCAGCCAGAUCCUAUAAUGGGUUCCAGAGUUGUGGCCCCUGAAAGGGCCAAAGUUAGCUAUUUUGACCUUGUCUGCACAAUAGCAGCUUCAUUAUGUCUCCCCCAGGAGACAUAUUGUUUUUGCCCUGUCCGUACGUCACACUUCAUUUCCGAGCAAUAACUGGAGAACCAUUUGACCUAGAACCUUCAAACUUUAUAGGGUUGUAGGGCUGCUGGAGUAGACGACCCCUAUUGUUUUUGGGGUCACUCUGUCAAAGGUCAAGGUCACAGGGGCCUGAACAUUGAAAACCAUUUCCGAUCAAUAACUAGAGAACCACUUGACCCAGAAUGUUGAAACUUCAUACGAUGAUUGGUCAUGAAGAGAAGAUGACCGCUAUUGAUUUUGGGGUCACUCCGUCAAAGGUCAAGGUCACAGGGGCCUGAACAUUGAAAACCAUUUCCGAUCAAUAACUAGAGAACCACUUGACCCAGAAUGUUGAAACUUCAUAGGAUGAUUGGUCAUGAAGAGUAGAUGACCCCUAUUGAUAUUGGGGUCACUCCGUCAAAGGUCAAAGUCACAGGGGCCUGAACAUUGAAAACCAUUUCCGAUAAAUAACUAGAGAACCACUUGACCCAGAAUGUUGAAACUUCAUAGGAUGAUUGGUCAUGAAGAGUAGAUGACCCCUAUUGAUUUUGGGGUCACUCCGUCAAAGAUCAAGGUCACAGGGGCCUGAACAUUGAAAACCAUUUCCGAUCAAUAACUAGAGAACCACUUGACCCAGAAUGUUGAAACUUCAUAGGAUGAUUGGUCAGAAGAGUAGAUGACCACUAUUGAUUUUGGGGUCACUCCAUCAAAGGUCAAGGUCACAGGGGCCUGAACAUGGAAAACCAUUUCUGGUCAAUAACUAGAGAACCACUUUACCCAGAAUGUUGAAACUUCAUAUGAUGAUUGUACAUGCAGAGUAGAUGACCCCUAUCGAUUUUGGGGUCACUCCAUUAAAGGUCAAGGUCACAGGGGCCUGAACAUUGAAAACCAUUUCCAGUCAGUAACUUGAGAACCACUUGACCCAGAAUGUUGAAACUUAAUAGGAUGAUUGGUCAUGCAGAGUAGAUGACCCCUAACGAUUUUGGGGUCACUCUUUGAAAGGUCAAGGUCACAGGGGCCUGAACAUUGAAAACCAUUUCCGGUCAGUAACUAGAGAACCACUUGACCAAGAAUGUUGAAACUUCAUAGGAUGAUUGUACAUGCAAAGUAGAUGACCCCUAUCGAUUUUGGGGUCACUCCAUUAAAGGUAGGGAUGGGAAUGAAUACUGAAAUCAAUAUUCGAAUAUUCGGUUUGCCAUAUUUGAAUAUAUUCGAAUAUUCAGUUAGUUUUAAUGGAAGCUUUAAAUUAUUAUUAAGUGAUUGGCAUAUACACAACGUAUUCAUUUGUUUAAAGCGUGGAUAAUCGUAAAUAAGGCCAAAAAAAUGUUUGUUUCGGGUAACCCGAUCCUACAUAGCGAAACCCGCCGAUCCUAGCGUUUUAUUUCACGAUUCUGUCAGUAUAAUCAUGAACAUAUUUAACUAAUUCAGUGUUUUAGCUUCAAAAUGAUACAAAAAAUCAAAACGAUUAUAAUUAAGACCGUCGCAAUUUUAUCUAAAAAUAGCAGGUCGUCCCAUUUAAACACGUGACGCGCUGUUGUAUUACCGCCGCCAUUUUGAAAAAUUUCAAUCGGCGUGUAAAAAUCGUCGUGUAAAAUGCAAGUAAGGCAGACUUAAACCUCCUUCAACAUGAACUUGUGCAUCAAUCAUACGUUUUUCUUGAUUUUAUUAUUAACUACUUCAAAAUUUAAUUCGAAUACGGCCGAUUGCGGAUGAAAACCGAUUCUGCGGAUGGUCUGAAACGUCGUACAAAAUAUUGUGAAAAGAUCGACAAUAUCUACAAGUUUGGUAUUGUUUUCGAAAAAAAAUAUUCUACAACUUGUUAUACAAAACAGGCGCCAAUAAAAAUGAACAAAAGAUAAAAAGAUAUCACAUUUACGCCUAAUACAAACUGUUAAUCCGUAGCGAUGACCCCAGGUAAUUAUGCAUUGCAAUUUUCUUGUUAAUUGGACAUCUUUUGACAUGCGUCUGACACAUUGACGCCUGUUGCAAACUGUUAAUAAGUAAUGAUGGCCCCUGCCAAUUAUGCAUUGCUAUUUUCUUGUUAAUUGGACAUCUUUUGAUACAUGAUAACCUAACAUGACAUGGUUUUAUUCUGUAGAAUUAGCAUGCUCAUAUUGCCCAAAAUCAAUGAUACUUAUUUUGAAAAAAAAUACAAUAAUUUACGAAUAUUCGAAUUUGAUUUUCAUAUUCGAAUAUUCGACCAAUUUUCGAAUAUUCGAACAUUCGUUCCCAUCCCUAAUUAAAGGUCAAGGUCACAGGGGCCUGAACAUUGAAAACCAUUUCCGGUCAGUAACUUGAGAACCACUUGACCCAGAAUGUUGAAACUUAAUAGGAUGAUUGGUCAUGCUGAGUAGAUGACCCCUAACGAUUUUGGGGUCACUCUGUGAAAGGUCAAGGUCACAGGGGCCUGAACAUUGAAAACCAUUUCCGGUCAGUAACUUGAGAACCACUUGACCCAGAAUGAUGAAACUUCAUAGGAUGAUUGGUCAUGCAGAGUAGAUGACCCCUGACGAUUUUGGGAUCAUUCUGUUAAAGGUCAAGGUCACAGGGGCCUGAACAUGGAAAACCAUUUCCUAUCAAUAACUUUAGAACCUCUCGACCCAGAAUGUUGAAACUUCAUAGGAUGAUUGUUCAUACAGAGUAAAUGACCCCUAUUGUUUUUGGGGUCACUCCGUUAAAGGUCAAGGUCACAGGGGCCUGAACAUUGAUAACCAGUUCCGAUCAAUAACUUGAGAACCACUUGACCCAGCAUGUUGAAACUUCAUAGGAUGAUUGAACAUGCAAAGUACAUGACCCCUUUUGAUUUUGGGGUCGGUCAAUUAAAGGUCAAGGUCACAGUGGCCUGUUCAUGUAAAAUCAUUUUUUGGAAAUAACUUGAGAACCACUUGACCUACAAUGUUGAAACUUAAUAGGAUGAUUGGACAUGCAGAGUAGAUGACCCCUAUUUAUUUUGAGGUCACUUGAUCAAAGGUCAAGGUCACAGGAGCCUGAACAGUGACUUGAGAACCACUAGGCCAAGAGUGUUGAAAUUUAGCGGGAUGACUGGACAUGCCAAGUAGAUGAUCCCUAUUGCAGCCAACCAUCAGUGUCUCUUUGACUUUCGCUCCUGACCCAUAUUGACUUGUUGCCUAUAGGACUUUGCAUUUGGGGAGACAUGCGCUUUUUUACAAAAGCAUUUUCUAGUUUAUGGUUUGAUUUUAACCAAACGUGCACACAACUUGUAUCACCACAAGAUCUUGCUUCCUUUCUUGAACUGGCCAGUUUCCAUCAUGGGUUCCACAGUUAUGGCCCCUUAAAGGUCCAAAAUUGGCUAUUUUGGCUUUUGCAGCCAUAUAGAGACUUCAUUUAUGGUUUUAUUUGAUACAAACUUCCAAAAUAUCUUCAAAAACAAUAAAUCUUGGAUUCAAUGACAAAUCAGAUCUAAUCGUAGGUUCCAGAGUUAUUUUAUAUCUGAUUACCUCCCCUGAUUGUAAUCAAAAUGGAUUUAUAUCAGUAAGUACUUAUAGGACUUAUUUGAAAUUUCAUUAUUGGUAUUAGUUAAACUGAGACAAUCAGGGUAGAUAACUAUGGACUGAUUUUAUGUCAAAUUACCUCCCUUUAUUUCAAAUUAAAAUGUAUAUCUCCGUAACUUAUGAAGAUACUGAUUUGAAAUUUCAUUGAUGUCAACAGAUUUAUUUGGCAGAUCCUUCUUUUGUUCACUUACAAUAUUUUUUUUUUAAUUACUUCCCUUUUACGUUACUAUAAAUAGCUUAUUUUUAGUAACUUUUUUAUUAUUGGCCGUAGGGAAAAACCGAGACCACUUUUCUGUGGUACAACAUGGAUGGUACCUCCAAUUUUUAUGUGUAUUUUGACAUAUCUAUAUCUUGUAAGAAUUUUUUUUUCCUUUUUGGUUAAAUUUCUUCAUUUUGUUGUCCUGUCCUUUGGACUUAGAUAUUUUUUUCUGAGGGCCUUCUUGUCCUCAAGUGCAAUAAUAACAGGUCUUGUUGAAUGUAGUGAGCAAAAUUCAAAACAGACCCACAGGAUUCGACCUUAAUUUUUCAAUGUUGGAGUUAGAAUUCUGUCUCAUUAAAUCUGUUUACUUGAGGCACCCUAGAAAAAAUGAUAUUUACAGUUUUAUUUUGUGUUUUAUAAUUGUAUUUUUUAAACAUGUCUAUUAGGGGUCCAAUACCUUAAAUAAGAAAACUGGGAAAUCAAAAAAACAACAGCACAAAGUUUAAAUUUCUGGUUUAGAAUGUUGAUAAAUAUGGCCUCCUAAUUGUGAUUCUACAACUAUCAUAUAUCUGAUAUUUGUGUAAAUAUAUUUUUUCUAUAUAGAUUGUUGAGGGUCAUUGAAGUUAGCAUUGUGUUUAGUUACUUUUAAAAGCAGUUUAUUUCAAAAGAAGUAAUUAUUCUGUUCAGUACUGUUCAAAUUGUUUCAAUAUUAUAUGCUUGCAAGAAAAAUAGAUCUGAAAAAUGGUAAAAAGCAAAAGGGUAGACUUUUUUUCUCAAAACAUUGUGCAAUGAAAACAACUGUACUGGUAUUGUUAAUUUUCUAUAAUAUGUAUGUUACAAAGACUUAGUGUUCUCUAUAUUUUAGCAGUAUAUUAUACUUUGCCCAUAAGGUCAAAAAAGAACAUAGAUCAAGGUACUUUUUAUGCCCCCCUUCGAAGAAAGAGGGGUAUAUUGUUUUGCAGAUGUCUGUCGGUCGGUCGGUAUGGAGACCAGUCCAUUUCCGGAUGAUAACUCAGGAAGGCUUGGGCUUAGGAUCAUGAAAGUUGAUAGGGUGGUUGGUCAUAACCAGCAGAUGGCCCCUAUUGAUUUUGAGAUCAGUAGGUCAAGGCCACAGUGACCCAGAACAGUUAAAACGGUUUCCGGAUGAUAAAUCAAGAAUGCUUUGGCCUAGGAUCAUGAAAGUUGAUACGGAGGUUGAUCAUGACAAGCAGAUUACCCUUAUUGAUUUUGUGGCCAGUAGGUCAAAGUUCAAGGUCACAGUGAUCAGGAACAGUUUAACAGUUUCAGGAUGAUAACUCAAGAAUGCUUGGGCCUAGGAUCACGAAAGUUGAUAGGGAGGUUGGUCAUGACCAGCAGAUGACCCUAUUGAUUUUGAGAUCAGUAGGCCAAAGGUCAUGGACACAGGAACCUGGAACAGUAAAACCAUUUCCAGACAAUAACUUGAGAACGCUUGGGCUUAGGAUCACGAAACUGAAUAGGGAGGUUGAUCAUGACCAGUAGAUGACCCCUAUUGAUUUUGAGGUCAAUAAGUCAAAGGUCAAGGUCACAGUGACCUGGAACAUUUAAAAUGUGUCCGGAUGAUAACUUGAGAAUGCUUGGGCCUAGGAUCACGAAACUUAAGGAUAACAUGGUGUAAUAACCAUAUUUCGUAUCUUGUAACUGGAUGGUAAUAUUUGAAUGAAAUUUAGUCACUUUAAAGACAUUCAAAAUUAAAAACGUUUCACCGAAAGAUUUUUCAAAUUUUGUCAUUUUGUGGGGAGAUAAUCGGUAUUGAAGUUAACAUUGAUGCCUAUGGGAAAUAUAUAAUUUCUUUGAUUAUGAGAAUCUGAGCUUGAGUUUCGAGAAAAUUUUGCGGUAGAAAGCUGCAUUAUAUGAUUCUGAUACAAAUAUCAAAAAGAAAUCUAAAAUUCCCCGUAGGGAAAAGGAGAAAAUUAUUUUUUUCUAGUUUUCAGGGGAGAUAACUCAUGAAAAAACCAAAAUUAUCAUGGGAGGUAAUCUAUAGGAAUUUUUUUGAGAACUUCUGUCACAAUAUUACUUGUCAAUAUGCACCUUAUUUCUGUCGUUUGACAUUUUCAAAGCUUACUUUAUCAAGUUGUAUGUACGCUUUUGGUGAAAUUGAGGCCUAUUAGGGGUAGUCAUCCUUAAUAGGGACAUUUAUCAUGACCAGCAGAUGACCCCUAUUGAUUUUGAGGUCAAAGGUCAAGGUCACUUUCACCAAGAACAGUAGAACUUUUGUGCACAGUGACCAAAUAAUUUCUGUUCCUUGUGCAAUUACUGAAUGUAUCAAGGGGAGCAUUUCAUGUUCUACAAGCUCUUGUUUUAUUAGCUCACCUAUCACAUAGUGACAGGGUGAGCUUUUGUGAUCGCAUUUUGUCCGUCCAUCUGUCAUACAUCCGUCUGUCGUCCAUUCACAAUUUCUUGGGAACACGAUAAAGACCACAUUUUGCAGUCAAUUUUAAUCAAACUUGCACACAACUUGUAUUGGCAUAAUAUCUCGGUUCCUUUCAAAAACUGGCCAGAUCCCAUAAUGGGUUCCAGAGUUAUGGCCCCUUAAAGGACCAAAAUUUCCUAUUUUGGCUUUUGCAGCAAUAUAGAGGCUUCAUUUAUGGUUUGAUUUGAUACAAACCUGCAAAAUAUCUUUAGCAACAAUAUAUCUUCGAAUCCAUGAUGAAUCCGUCAGAUCCAAUAAUAGGUUCCGGAGUUAUGGCCCCAGAUUGACCCCUGGAAGAGCCAAAAUUUGUUAAUUUUACCUUGUGAACACAUAGAAGUGACAUUUUAUAUUCGAUUUUAAUCAGACUUACACACAACUUAAGUCACAAUAAGAUCUUGGUUCCUUUCGAAAACCGGCCAAAUUCCAUCAUGGGUUCUAGAGUUUCAGGGGCAAAAUUUUUUCUAUAUUGGCCUUUUCAGCCAUAUAGAGGUUUCAUUUAUGCUUUUAUUUGAUACAAACUUGCACAGAGUGUUUAUCUUGAUGAUCUCUACCAAGUUCGAAACUGGGUCAUGUGGGGUCAAAAACUAGGUCACCAGGUUAAAUCAAAGGAAAAGAUUGUUAACACCCUAGAUGCCACAUUUAUGACCCUAUCUUCAUGAAACUUGGUCAGAAUAUUUAUCUUGAAGAUUCCUAGGCCGGCUUCAAAACUGGGUCAUAUGGGGUAAAAAACUAGGUCACCCAGUCACAUCAAAGGAAAAGCUUGUUAACACUCUUGAGGCCACAUUUAUGACCCUAUCUUCAUGAAAUUGGUCGAAAUGUUUAUCAUGAUGAUUGGGGUCAAAAAAACUAGGUCACCCGUUCAAAUCAAAGGAAAAGUUUGUUAACACGCUUGAGGCCACAUUUAUGACCCUAUCUUCAUGAAACUUUGUCAAAAUGUUUAUCUUGAUGAUUCCUAGGCCAAGCUUGAAACUGGGUCAUAUGGGAUCAAAAACUAGGUCAUCUGCUCAAAUCAAAGAAAAAGCUUGUUAAUACUCUGUUGGCCAUAUUAAUGACUCUAUCUUCAUGAAACUUGAUCAGAAUGUUUAUCCUGAUGAUUACCAUGCCAAGUUUGAAACUAGGUCAUGUGGGGUCAAAAACUAGGUCACCACUCAAAUCAAAGGAAAAGCUUGUUAACACUGUAGAGGCCACAUUCAUGACCCUAUCUUCAUGAAACUUGGUCAGAAUGUUUAUCGUGACGAUUCCAAGGCCAGUCUUAGCAGGUGAGCGAUAUAGGGUUAUCAUGGCCCUCUUGUUUGGGUUGACAAGGCAUACAACAUCAACAUUAUAACCUUUAUGAUACAUAACUGAAUAUUUAGACAGGGGUAUUUUGUGACAGUCUGGCACUCUUGUGUUACAUAAUAUAAGGACUGAUGGUAUACUUGUGAGGCUCUACUAUGUACAAAUGGACCUCAGAGCAUCAUAAAAUAGACAGACCUUAUAUAUUGUGAUUGAAGUUCAUUUGAAGUGUCCUGCUUUGUAACUGUGAGUAAAUGUAAGAGAUUUUGGUGUAAGUUUGUUCUCGUAAGUUCCUACUAUUUGUCAUCAGAUUCCUACUUUUCUCCUACUUUUCAAGGAGCUUUUCGAGGGUUGAACCCAAUACUGUCGUAAGUCCUUUAUUUAAUAGGAGUUACUACAGUAUUGCGUUCAACCCUCGUUUUGUGAUCACUCUUCGUCUGUAGUCGCUCUGUCCACAAUUUCUUCACCACAUUUUGCAGUCAAUUUAAUUAAACCUGCAUGCAACUUGCACUGGCAUAAAUGGGCCAAAAUUUGCUAUUUUGGCUUGUGAACAUGAUAGAGACAACAUUUUGCAAUAGAUUUUUAAAAAAACUUGCACACAACUUGUAUUGGCAUAAUAUCUCGGUUCCUUUAGAAAACUGGCCAGAUCCCAUCAUGGGUUCCAGAGUUAUGGCUGCUUAAAGGGCCAAAAUUUGCUAUUUUGACUUUUGCAGCCAUAUAGAGACUUCAUUUAUGGUUUGAUUUGAUACAAACUUGCAAAAUAUCUUUAACAACAAUAGAUCUUGGAUUCUAUGAUAAAUCCAUCAGAUCCAAUCAUAUGUUCCGGAGUUACACCCCUUGAUUUGACCCCUGAAAGAGCCAGAAUUUGUUAUCUUGUGAAUACAAUAGAAGUGACAUUUUACAUUCAAUUUUAACCACACAUACACAAAACUUAAGUCAAAAUAAGACAUUUAUGACCCUGUCUUCAUGAAACUUGGUCAGAAUGUUUAUCUUGAUGAUUCCUAGGCCAAGCUCAAAACUGGGUCAUGUGGGGUCAAAAACUAGGUCACCACGCAAAUCAGAGGAAAAGCUUGUUAACACUGUAGAGGCCACAUUUAUGACCCUAUCUUCAUGAAAUUUGGUCAGAAUAUUUAUCUUGAUGAUUCAAAGGCCAGGUUUAACAGGUGAUCAUCAUGACCCUCUUGUUUAUAUCAGAGGCUCCUACUUUUUCAUCAAAGGUCACUUCAAAGCCUGUGUAGGUUAAAUCUUGGGUAAAUUUGAGUAAAAAACUAGUCCCAGUAUUGACAAGUCCUUAAUUGCUAAAGAAAAUUAGUCUGCAUGGCAACCUGAAUGAAAUGUUAAAACAACCUUGUAAAUAAUUGAUUGUUUAUGAAAGUUCAUAGAGCACCAUUUAUAGUUAGAAAUUUUAAGGGAAGAACAAGGGUUAUAUCAUUAGAUUCAUGAUAAGUCUGUGCUGUUUUACAGUUUAAGAGGCCACAUUCAUGACCCUAUCUUCAUGAAACUUGGUCAGAAUGUUUAUCGUGACGAUUCCAAGGCCAGUCUUAGCAGGUGAGCGAUAUAGGGUUAUCAUGGCCCUCUUGUUUGGGUUGACAAGGCAUACAACAUCAACAUUAUAACCUUUAUGAUACAUAACUGAAUAUUUAGACAGGGGUAUUUUGUGACAGUCUGGCACUCUUGUGUUACAUAAUAUAAGGACUGAUGGUAUACUUGUGAGGCUCUACUAUGUACAAAUGGACCUCAGAGCAUCAUAAAAUAGACAGACCUUAUAUAUUGUGAUUGAAGUUCAUUUGAAGUGUCCUGCUUUGUAACUGUGAGUAAAUGUAAGAGAUUUUGGUGUAAGUUUGUUCUCGUAAGUUCCUACUAUUUGUCAUCAGAUUCCUACUUUUCUCCUACUUUUCAAGGAGCUUUUCGAGGGUUGAACCCAAUACUGUCGUAAGUCCUUUAUUUAAUAGGAGUUACUACAGUAUUGCGUUCAACCCUCGUUUUGUGAUCACUCUUCGUCUGUAGUCGCUCUGUCCACAAUUUCUUCACCACAUUUUGCAGUCAAUUUAAUUAAACCUGCAUGCAACUUGCACUGGCAUAAAUGGGCCAAAAUUUGCUAUUUUGGCUUGUGAACAUGAUAGAGACAACAUUUUGCAAUAGAUUUUUAAAAAAACUUGCACACAACUUGUAUUGGCAUAAUAUCUCGGUUUCUUUAGAAAACUGGCCAGAUCCCAUCAUGGGUUCCAGAGUUAUGGCUGCUUAAAGGGCCAAUAUUUGCUAUUUUGACUUUGCAGCCAUAUAGAGACUUCAUUUAUGGUUUGAUUUGAUACAAACUUGCAAAAUAUCUUUAACAACAAUAGAUCUUGGAUUCUAUGAUAUAUCCAUCAGAUCCAAUCAUAUGUUCCGGAGUUACAGCCCUUGAUUUGACCCCUGAAAGAGCCAGAAUUUGUUAUCUUGUGAAUACAAUAGAAGUGACAUUUUACAUUCAAUUUUAACCACACAUACACAAAACUUAAGUCACAAUAAGACAUUUAUGACCCUGUCUUCAUGAAACUUGGGUCAGAAUGUUUAUCUUGAUGAUUCCUAGGCCAAGCUCAAAACUGGGUCAUGUGGGGUCAAAAACUAGGUCACCACGCAAAUCAGAGGAAAAGCUUGUUAACACUGUAGAGGCCACAUUUAUGACCCUGUCUUCAUGAAACUUGAUAAAUAUUUAUCUUGAUGAUUCAAAGGCCAGGUUUAACAGGUGAUCAUCAUGACCCUCUUGUUUAUAUCAGAGGCUCCUACUUUUUCAUCAAAGGUCACUUCAAAGCCUGUGAAGGUUAAAUCUUGGGUAAAUUUGAGUAAAAAACUAGUCCCAGUAUUGACAAGUCCUUAAUUGCUAAAGAAAAUUAGUCUGCAUGGCAACCUGAAUGAAAUGUUAAAACAACCUUGUAAAUAAUUGAUUGUUUAUGAAAGUUCAUAGAGCACCAUUUAUAGUUAGAAAUUUUAAGGGAAGAACAAGGGUUAUAUCAUUAGAUUCAUGAUAAGUCUGUGCUGUUUUACAGUUUAAAGUGGUUUUCUUGAAUAAAAAUUUGCUUUAAAAGCCAUAUAACACAAAUCAUCCAUUUGUAAAACUGAAAUGUAGAAAAAACGGAAAUAAAAAUUAAGAGUGAUAUAGUUAAUUCUAUAAUUCUAUAAAAGUUACUAAAAUUCUUAACAUUAUAGUAAAAAGAAGAAAGGUAAUAAAAAAGACUUUUAUUCUGUAUAAAUUAAGUGACCUACAAUGAUCUGGUGAACCCUGAACCCAUUCUACCUGUCCAAGUAAGAAAUACUGAGUAGAACAGAAAUAUAACUUGUUCUUGCAUACCAGACGGGGAUUUCCGGUAUCUUUACCGGUGCUGGAAAAAUCCAUCUUACACCCCGGGGUGUAAGAUGACUCUCGUGCUGUAAAUGACGUAAAACGAACUACAUAUAUGUAGAAGAUUUAUGUAGUAAUAUAUAUUUUAUUUAAAAAACGGAAUAAAAAUGCAAUACCUUGACAGUUCCUAUUGAUUUCAGAUAGUAUAUUUCUCAAUUCAAAUCACAUUAUUUUAUCAAAAAUACAUAACGUUACGCUGCAACUGAUAAAACAAAACCGGAACUAAACAUUGUUAUUUGUUUUGAAACGUUAUGACGUCUUUCCUGUUUACGGACGUUGGUUUCCCGCUCUUUGUUUAAAUACACUGCGAUAUGAAAUAGUUCUAAAAAGAAAGCCGUUCGAUUGAUUUUAUUUUUAUUAUUAUUUCUUGAAAUCGGUAUGCAAGAAAAAGAUUCUGUCACUAGUUAUAGGUGCAGAUGGAAAUAUCCGGCUCUCGGCAAGGAGCCUCGUUACCACCUAAACAGUUACCCUCGAGGCCGGAUAUUCCCAUCUGCACCUACAACCAGUGAAAGAAUCUUAUAUCAUUGUACAGAAAGAGUUAACAUUUCUGUCUAUAGUACUGUGAAAUCAUUUCAUUUUGUGGGCAUAAAAUUUCAUGGUUUGAGCCAAAAUGGUCAUUUCUUUGGGACAUACAUUUGUGAAUGUCACCAUUUAAUGAUAAAAUGAGUAAGAAUUUUAUUUGUUCAGUGGCAUUUACUUGUAUGGAUUAAUGCAACCAAGAAAUUCUGGAAAAAUAGUCCACCAGGAGUAAUGAUUUCAGAGUAUUUGGUCUGUAUUUCCCUUUAAAUCAAGAUGGCAUAAUAGCACUUAAAGGCCCAUUUAACAGGUAUUUUCAGCUGACCUGAGCCAAAGGCUCAUGGUGUGCUUUUGUGACUGCUCAGUGUCCGUCGUGCGUCGUCCGUCCAUCAACAAUUUCUAAAAAAAUCUUCUUCUUCAAAACCACUGGGCAGAUUUACACCAAACUUCACAGGAAUGAUCCUUGGGUGGCCUCUAUAAAAAUUGUUCAAAUUAUGCCCCUGGGGUGAAAAGAGGCCCCGCCCCGGGGGUCCCAAGUUUUACAUAGACUUAUAUAGGAAAACACUUUAAAAAUCUUCUUGUCUGAAACCACAAGACCUAGGCCUUUGAUAACUUGGUAUUUAGCAUUGCUUUGUGGUCCUCUACCAAGACUGUUCAAAUCUUCUUGUCUGAAACUGCAAGGCCUCGCUUUUGAUAUUUGGUAUGUUGCAUUGCCUAGUGUGGUCCUCUACCAAAAUUGUUCAAAUUAUGACCCUGGGGUGAAAAGAGGCACUGCCCUGAGGGGGUCCCAAGUUUUACAUAGACUUAUCUAGGAAAAAACUUUAAAAAUCUUCUUGUCUGAAAGUUCAAGGCCUAGGCCUUUGAUAUUUGGUAAUAACAUUGCCUAUUGGUUCUCUACCAAAAUUGUUCAAAUUAUGCCCUUGGGGUGAAAAGAGUAAGUUAUAAAGGAAAAAAUACUUUAAAAAUUAUCUGAUCAUAUUUCCUAGACUGUUUAAUUGUAAUUGCUUUAUGACUCCAAGUAAUUAGGGGUCACUUGACUGUGACCUUGACCUACUGUCCUACUUUCUUGUUUUUAGCCGAAGGCACAUGGUGAGCUUUUGUGACUACUUGAUGUCCGUUGUGCGUCGCCAGCUUUCCGUUGUGCGUCUGUCAACAAUUUCUAAAAAAAUCUUCUUCUUCAAAACCACUUGGCAGAUUUACACCAAACUUCACAGGAAUGAUCCUUGGGUGGCCCCCUUCAAUUUUUUUCAAAUAAUUGAAUUCCACACAGAACUCUGGUUGCCAUGGCAACCGAAAGGAAAAACUUCAAAAAUCUUCUUGUUCAAAACUGCAAGGCAUAGAGCCUCGAUAUUUGGUGUGUGACAUCAUCUAAUGGUCCUCUAUAAAAAUUGUUCAGAUUAUGCCCCUGGGUUGAAAAGAGGCCCCGCCCCACAGUCCCAAGUUCUACAUAGACAUAUAUAGGAAAAAACUUAAAAAAUCUUGCCUGAAACCACAAGACCUAGGCCUUUGAUAGUUGAUAAGUAGCAUUGCCUUAUGGUCCUCUACCAAGAUUGUUCAAAUUAUUACCCUGGGGUGAAAAGAGGCCCCGCCCCGGGGAUCCCAAGUUUUAUAUAGACUUAUGUAGGAAAAAUCUUUAAAAAUCUUCUUGCCUGAAACUGCAAGGCCUACGCUUUUGAUAUUUGGUAUGUUGCAUUGCCUAGUGGCCCUCUACCAAAAUUGUUCAAAUAUGCCCCUGGGGUGAAAAGAGGCCCUGCCCUGUGGGGUCCCAGAUUUUACAUAGACUUAUAUAGGAAAAAAGUUUAAAAUCUUUUUGUCUGAAAGUUCAAGGCCUAGGCCUUUGAUAUUUAGUAUGUAGCAUUGCCUAGUGGUUUUCUAACAAGACUGUUCAAAUUAAAGAGGCCCCACCCCGGAGGUCACUUAUAUGAGUUAUAUAGGAAAAAAUACUUCAAAAAUUAUCUGAUCAUAUUUCCUAGACUGUUUAAUUAUAAUUGCCUGAUGUCCCCAAGUAAUAAGGGGUCACUUUGACUGACCUUGACAUACUGACCUACUUUCUUGUUUUUUAAGAUACAACCUUGAAAUUUGGACGACAUACACAGUUUUGCACACCGAUCUUAAACUGACUUUUAAUGAUUAUGAAUGUGACCUACUGACCUUCUUUUUUAAUAUUUUAGCAUCAGUUUGACAUUUGAAAUAGUUCACACAACUGGGAAAAGAUUUCAAUGCUUACCUAUAUUUGACUUUCUUACCUGAUCUCUUACCCAUGUCUAUGUAGCUCAUAUUACUCAGGUGAGCAAUCCAGGGUCAUCAUGACCCUCUUGUUUAAGAUACAGCCUUGAAAUUUGGAUGACUUACAGUUUUGCACACUGAUCUUAACACUGACUUUCAGUGACCAUGAAUGUGACCUACUUUCUUAAUAUUUUAGCAUCAGUUUGACAUUUAAAACAUGUAGCUCAAAUUGAGGUGAGAGAUCCAGGGUCAUCAUGACCCUCUUGUUAGCUCACCUGAGCACUAUGUGCUCAUGGUGAACUAUUGUGAUCAUGCUGUGUCCAUCGUCCGUCUGUCAUCAGCAGUUGUGUUAAAACAACAUCUCUUCCAAAACCACUGAAUGGAUUUUUAUGAAACUUGAUGUGGCUGUUCCUCUACCAAAUUUGUUCAAACGGUUCCGCUUGGUUGCAGAGCUAAAAAUAGAAAAAUCUUCAAAGGACAUCUCCUCCUAAACCAAUGGUCUGAUAUUUAAAUAAUUUCACACAAAUGGUCCUUAUGUCACCCUCUACCAAGAUUGUUCAAAUUAUAUCGAUUCGUCAAAACACAUGGCCGCCAGGGGGCAUUGUCACUUUUCCCUAUAUGUAUAUACUAUGGAAAUUUAAAAAAAAAAUUUGUAUGAAACUGCUUACCCAAUUUUAAAAUAAUUUUACACAAAUGGUCCUUGUCCUCCACCAAGACUGUUCAAAUUAUUUUGAUUCAUCAAAAAACAUGACCACGAGGGGUGUGGUCGCUUUUCCCUAUACUAUAUAGUGGAAACUUUAAAAAUGUCUUGUGUGAAACUGCUAGCCCAAUUUUAAAAUAAUUUUACGCAAAUGGUCUUUGUGUGACCUUCUACCAAGAUUGUUCAAAUUAUUCCAAUUCGUCAAAAAACAUGGCUGCCAGGGAGCGUUGACACUUUUCCCUAUAAUAUUAUGUAUAUGGUAGAAACCUAGAAAAUCUUCUUGUAUAAAACUGUUAGUCCAAUUUUAAAAUAAUUUCACACAAAUUGUCCUUGUGUGACCAUCUACAAAUAUUGUUCAAAUUUUUCCGCAAUUCAUCAACAAUUUCUUUAAACAACAUCUCCCCCAAAACCACUGAAUGGAUUUUGAUGAAACUUUACAUAAAUGAUCUCUGGGUAGCCCGCUUUCAAAGUUGUUGAAAUGUUUCCAGUUCAUUGAACACAUGGGUCUUUUUUGAUUAAAAAUAGAUUUUCAGCUAUCAGACUAAAAAUCUUUUUCUCUAGAGCUUUGAUAUUUGGCAUGACAUUGUGAUAUAAGGGUUUGACUCUCUACCAUAAUUGUCCAAAUUAUUGCCCGAAGGUCAAAAAUGGCCAGACCCCUGAGUGUGACAUGUACUUACUAUAGCCUUAUAUAUAAGAAACUUUGAAAAUCUCUGAAUCAAUAAUAGCCAUAGCCUUGAUAUUUUGCGUGUGAUAUCAGAGUUGUACUGUCUACCAUAAUUAUACAAAUUAUUACCCUAGGUUCAAAUAUUGUGUGUGACUUGUAUAUAAUAUAGGCGAACAUAGAAGAAACCUAACUCUGUACUUGUAGAAACACACUUGAAGCCUUGUUCACAGGUGAGCGCUUUAGGGUCAAUGACCCUCUUGUCAUUUUUUUGUAGAUUAUGAUGUAACACAGUUGGUCAUAAUUUGUUUUGUCAGCAGGCUUUUUAUAAAACUAUUUCAAUAAUUUUAACAUGUAUUACAUCAUAACUAUAUUUGUGCAUAGAAAGUUAUAUUUUAUACACCUGAAAUAUUCAUUAAUAUAAUAGCUACCUUUAUAUAGUCACUUAACAUAUACAACUAUAGUCACUUGUUUCUGCUAUCCUUCCAAGUUGUAAAAAUUGUAAGAUGGCACAUAUACUUGUCCUGUGGAUGGGCCACUUGUCUUAUGCACACCCUAGUACAAGUUUUAAUGUUCUUUGAAAUUCAAAGGAAGAAAACCACAUAUGAAUUUUGCAGGGACCGAUUUUCUAAGCUGUCGAGUUUCUUUGACAUUCCAAACCAUCAGAGGGCAAGAUUAUCAGCUUGAAAUGGCUUCAGAAAAAAUUCUAUACCAACUAACAGCUUGUCAUGUCCUUCUGUUGUAAAAUUAGUUUUAAGCACUAAACUUUAUCAAUGUUUAUAUCAAGUAAUACAGAUUUACUGAAUAAAAGUUCACUUCAAACUGUGUUUAUAGAACAUAGAGAUUCUAAGAUGUAAAUAUAUUAGAUAUAUUUUAUAUUGUUUUAGUCCCCUACCUGUGGAACACCAGAUGGUUAUAUAGGAAUGCCCUCCAUCCAUCCACGUAUCUGGAUCCUGCAAUUACUCAAAAAGUAUUCAAACUAGGUUCAUAAAACUUGUUACGUGAAUAGAGGGCAAUAUGUAGAUAAUGCAUUUACAUGACUUAAUGCUGGUAGGUCAAGGACAUUAUUGAAAUCUAAGGAAAAAACAGUUUUUGUUUCUUAUAGCUCCUAAAUGCUUUUAUGCAUUUUCAGUCCAAGCACUACUGCCAACAACCACAAGGGACAAACACAAACAAAGUUUUCCACUGGUAGGGGAUUUCUGUAUUGACACUGCAAUAUUCGGUCACUUGUUUUUUUGCUCACCUGAGCAGUGCUCAGGUGAGUUUUUGUGAUCGCUCGAUGUCUGUCGUCUGUCAACAUUUAGCUUGUGUAUGCGAUAGAGGCUUUAUUUUUCAACUGAUCUUUAUGAAGUUUGGUCAGAAUGAUUACCUUGUUGAAAUCUAGGCCGAUUUCGAAAACGGGUCAUCUGGGGUCAAAAACCAGGUCACUAGGUCAGAUCAAAGAAAAACCUUGUGUAUGGGAUAGAGGCAGUAUUUUUCAAUUAGUCUUCAUGAAUUUUGGUCAGAAUGAUUACCUUGAUGAAAUCUAGGCCGAGUUCAAUAAUGGGUCAUCCGGGGUCAAAAACUAGGUCAUUAGGUCAAAUCAAAGAAAAACCUUGUGUAUGCGAUAUAGGCUGUAUUUUUCAAUUAGUCUUCAUGAAUUUUGGUCAGCAUGAUUACCUCGUUGAAAUCUAGGCCGAGUUCGAAAAUGGGUCAUCUGGGGUCAAAAACUAGGUCACUAGGUCAAAUCAAAAAAAAAAAACCUGUAUGUGAUAGAGGGUGUAUUUUUCAAUUAACUUCAUGAAUUUUGGUCAGAAUGAAUGCCUUGAUGAAAUUUAGGUCGAGUUCGAAUAUGGGUCAUCUAGGGUCAAAUAGUAGGUCAGUAGGUCAAAUCAAAGGAAAACCUUGUGUAUGCGAUAGAGGGUGUAUAUUUUAAAUUGAUCUUCAUGAAAGUAAGUCAGAAUGAUAACCUUGAUAAAAUCUAGGCCGAGUUUAAAAAUGGGUAAUCUGAGGUCAAAAAGUAGGUCACUAGGUCAAAUCAAAGAAAAACCUUGUGUAUGCGAUAGAGACUGUAUUUUUCAAUUGAUCUUCAUGAAAAUAAGUCAGAAUGAUUGCCUUGAUGAAAUCUAGAUAAAAUUGGAAUAUGGGUCAUCUGGGGUUAAAAAUUAGGCCACUAGGUUAAAUCAAAGAAAAACCUCAUGUAUGUGAUAGAGGCUGUAUUUUUCAACUGAUUUUCAUGAAAUUUUGUCAGAAUGAUAGCCUUGAUGAAAUCUAGGUCAGUUAUGAAUAUGGGUCAUCUGGGUUCAAAAACUAGGUCACUAGGUCAAAUCAAGAAAAACUUUGUGUAUGCAAUAGGGGCUGCAUUUUACACUGGAUUUUCAUAAAAUUUGGUCAGAUUGGUUGCCUUGAUGAAGUCUAGGUCAAGUUCGAAUAUAGGUAGUCUGGGGCCAAAAACUAGGUCACUAGGUCAAAUCAAAGAAAAACCUUGUGUAUGCGAUAGAGGUUGUAUUUAUGGCUCAUCUGUUACGAAGUGACAAGGUGAGCUAUUGUGACCGCUUGAUGUCCGUCGGCCGUCGUGCAUCGUGCGUAGUGCAUCAUCCGUCAACAAUUUCUAAAAAAAUCUUCUUCUUGAAAACCACUGGACAGAAUUACACCAAACUUCACAAGAAUGAUCCUUGGGUGGCCCCCUUUCAAAAUUGUUCAAAGAAUUGAAUUCCAUGCAGAUCUUAAACUCUGGUUGCAAUGGCAACCAAAAGGAAAAACUUUAAAAAUCAUCUUCUCAAAAACCAGAAGCCCUAGAGCUUAGAUAUUUGGUGUGAAGCAUUGCUUAGUGGACCUCUACCACUUUUGUUCAAAUCAUGACCCCGGGGUCAAAAUUGACCCCGCCCCAGGGGUCACUUGAUUUUACAUAGGAAAAUCUUAAAAAAUCUUCUUCUCAAAAACCAGAAGCCCUAGAGCUUAGAUAUUUGACAUGUAGCAUUGCCUAGUGGACCUCUACUAAAAUUGUUCAAAUCAUGACCCCGGGGUCAAAAUUGACCUCGCCCCAAGGGUCACUUGAUUUUACAUAGGAAAAUCUUCAAAAAUUUUCUAAAAAUAAACCAGAAGGCCUAGAGCUUAGAUAUUUCACAUGUAGCAUUGCCUAGUGGACCUCUACAAAAUUUGUUCAAUCAUGACCCCAGGGGUCAAAAUUGACCCCGCCCCAGGGGGUCACUUGAUUUUACACAGGAAAAUCUUCAAAAAUUUUCUAAAAAUAAAACCAGAAGGCCUAGAGCUUAGAUAUUUGACAUGUAGCAUUUCCUAGUGGACCUCUACAAAAUUUGUUCAAAUCAUGACCCCCGGGGUCAAAAUUGACCCCACCCCAGGGGUCACUUGAUUUUACAUAGGAAAAUCUUCAAACAUUUUCGUAAAAUAAACCAGAAGGCCUAGAUCUUAGAUAUUUGACAUGUAGCAUUGCCUAGUAGACUUCUACAAAAUUUGUUCAAAUCAUGACCCCCGGGGUUAAAUUGACCCCGCCCCAUGGGGUUACUUGAUUGUACAUAGAAAGAUCUUCAAAAUUUCCAAAAAAUAAACCAGAUGCCCUAGAGCUUAGAUAUUUCACAUGUAGCAUUGCCUAGUGGACCUCUACAAAAUUUGUUCAAAUCAUGACCCCCGGGGUCAAAAUUGACCCCACCCCAGGGGUCACUUGGUUUUAUAUAGGAAAAUCUUCAAAAUUUUUCUAAAAAUAGACCAGAAGAGCUUAGAUAUUUCACAUGUAGCAUUGCCUAGUGGACCUCUACAAAUUUGUUUAAAUCAUGACCCCGGGGUCAAAAUUGACCCAGCCCCAGGGGUCACUUGAUUUUACAUAGGAAAAUCUUCAAAAAAUUUCUAAAAAUAAACCAGAAGGCCUAGAUCUUAGAUAUUUGACAUGUAGCAUUGCCUAGUGGACCUCUACAGACUUUGUUCAAAUCAUGACCCCCGGGGUAAAAUUGACCCUGCCCCAGGGGUUACUUGAUUGUACAUCGGAAAAUCUUCCAAAAAAUUUCUAAAAAUCAUCAGUUUGACAUUUGAAACAUGUAGCUCAUUUUACUCAGGUGAGCGAUCCAGGGUCAUAAUGACCCUCUUGUUCAAUUGAUCUUCAUGAAAUUUGGUGAGAAUGAUAGCCUUGAUGAAAUCCAGGUCAAGUUCAAAUAUGGGUCAUCUGGGGUCAAAAACUAGGGUACUAGGUCAAAUCAAAGAAAAUACAUGUUUAUACUCAAGAUUUUUGCUCCAAUUUUAAUGAUAAUUGGUCAGAAUAUUUAUUUCCAUGAAAUCACUAGGUCAAACAUGUUUACACAACAAUGGUGUGUUUCUCAGGUGAGUGACCUAGGUCCAUCUUGGCCCUCUUGUUUCUGUUUCACAUCUUUGUGUAUCUUUCAUACUCAAAGAUAUCAAAUUCUAAGAGGAUUGGAAUUGAAAAAAAAAGUCAUUGUUUGAAUUGAAUACAUUAAAUGUGCUGUUUAUAUUAAUUUGAAAAUUAGUAACAAAAUGAAUUGAACUUAAUUGAAGAAAUUACCAUAAAAAGUGCAUCUAUGCUGUUUUAUAUGUACAGUAAAGCAUGGAAUGCUGGAGGUGGCAAGCAGAAAGUAUAAGGAAGAAGGUCUUGGAGCACAGGAAUUGCUAGUAAGCAUGGUGCUCGACUCAUUAGUGCUAAAAUGAGUGCUUUUUCAGUAACACUAUUUGAACUUUUUUUCUUGUUUUUUAGGGGCACUUUUGAUAUAGAAAAUUGUACAUUAUUUUGAAAUGUCCAAAGUAUUUUUCUGACUGAUGUUUUCACUUUAGUUAAAGUUUUAUGCCUGCAGAUUUAUGUCAAAGUUUAGAAAACAUUCUAAAUCUAUGUAUGUUUGCAAAAUGUGAAGUAGUCAUUAGGAACUAUAUAUAAUUGUAUAAUUGUUGUAAGGCUUUGUAAUUAACAUAAAUGAAAGACAUUUCAGUUAAGAAUAAAAAGUCAAUUUUUCAACAUACAACUGAAGGUUUGAGACAUUAAGAAACAACUUUGAGGAAUAAUUGUUCUUUACUUUUGUUUCAGGUUCUUUUCUAACUUUAUUAUAUAUUUUUACUGAUAUACCUUCUGUUUGCACCUCCAUUGUAAAUUGUACUUUAGUUGUGCUAUUUUAAGCAUUUAAUACAAAGUUUACUGAUGUAACGGAGACUUACUUUUGGCAACAGUUCUAAUAGUUGUUACAUUAUACAUUUCUUUUGUAUUAUGUUCCAAAACUUUCAAUAAAAGUAAAAAUUUGAA